AUGGCUUCAACUUAUUGGGCAUUACUGAACAAUCGGAUAUGUGCGCGGUAUAGAGGCCGCAAAAAUAUUGCAAAAAACCGUUUUGAUGAUUUUGCAGGGAAUGUGGAGGCAGAAAGGGCUCAAGCCCCUACGGUAUUUCAUCGUGAUAAAAGAGGGGAAUUUGUUGAUCCAUUGGUUGAAGAGCAAUAUAAUGCCUUAGUUGCUGAGGUUGCUCUACAGACUCAUCACAUAGCCGACUUUGGUGGUGAUCUAGAUACCAUUGAUUGGAUCGCAAUAUUUGAGAAGGUGUUGGAUACUCGAAGGGGGCAUGUGAGAGGCAUUGGGCCUAAAGCUUCUUCAGCUGCGGGUACAAGUGUUUCAUCCCAAUGGCAGUCACAGUCACAAGCAUCGCAACCAACACAGGAUGUUGAUGUGAAUGCUUUUCUUCAAAACUCGGAAUUUGUGACGGCCAUUGGAGACAUUAUUCGCUCAUUUAAAAACCAAAUCAACGAGGAAAACAACGAUGGGGAGGACGGUGGGGAAGACGAAGACAACUAG